GUGUGACGCCGGUGACAUGUCAAUACUAAGCACGCCAAGCGGUACUAUUCCUACCGUCCGAUGCGUCCUUGAGUUGUCACGCUAAAUGGAAUCGCACACACGAGUGCAGUGCACGCCGCAACGCACGAUAAUGGUGAAUUUUCGCGGGAAAUCCUACUCGAGACAACGACGUCACUCGCGUUGGCUGUUGUGUGUCGUGCGUCGUUUACCUCGGCGUAAACUUGUUCCCUGCAACUACCAAAGUGGAGUUUCUUCCUUAUAUUACACGUUUAAUAUAUAUACCGAAAAUAUAUUCUCUGUGUUAAAAUUGUGUUGUUUCGCAGAAAUAAAAGUCUUCGUUCUUACAAUGUUGCCAAACUGUAUUAUCAAGUAGGUGAUUAUGAAUCUGCAAAGAGAUAUGUAUGUAGUUACUUAGAAGUACGAGAUGAAUCAGCCAGUGCACACAAGUUGUUGGGCAACGUGUACGAGGCGCUUGGUCAAAAGGAAGCAGCUUUGAACGAGUACAAAACUUCUCUGGAACUUGAAGCACGGCAGGAUGAUCUUGUUUUAAAAGUGUGUGAUUUACUGACUGAUACAGAUAUAGGAAUGGAUGUCAAUAAGAUAAAAUACUGGAUAGAACGAGCAGACAAACAGUUUCCACACCAUCCAGUGGUAUUCAAAUUAAAGGAAAAGCUAUUAACUGUGGACAAACCAAAUGACAACAAUGAGGAUCUCGAGGCCCUCAUUACAUCUGAAUUGAAUGCAAGACCAAAUGAUGUCCAACUCAGAGUGAAAUUGUUGAAGCAUUAUAUGUCAAAGCACAAAUAUGAUAACGCUUAUGAACAUGCAGCUAGUGUGGAAGCCACUCAUGCUUACAGGAACAGUAUCAUGUGGUAUCAAACGUUAUGUGAUUUACUGACGAAAUGUAAAGAAACCAUGCACACUGACUGGUCUUUUUGGGUACUCUUUAUCUCUUCGUUGGAAAAAUAUGCAGCAUUGUGUCUCAAGGAGCAAAACAGUGAGAUCAAGAAAAGCGUUCCAGAAGCGACUCAAGCAGUAUUUAAUUUGGACCAAAACCUGAACGAGUUGAAGUUGAAGAAUUUUCCCAAACAUCAAGUCUUCAUAGAAUACAUGCUCACGCAUAUGUGGGGUCAAUUACACUUCCAUUUGGCGUGUUUGUUGUUGCGCAAAACGAAACGAGAGCAAGGCAGCUGGAGUGAAGCGGGGAGACUGUGCGCACCUCUAUUACUAACUGCAUUACAUGUGACUUCGAUAGACUCCACCGCUGCGUGGAUCGUGCACAUAAAGGAUCCAUCUAAGAAUCAAAUCCGUUUAUGGCAUACAGAGGGCUCGUAUCGGUGUAGUCAAGCUGGCCACGUUCUUCAAGAUUAUGCUAAGGGUGACACAAAGAAGCUAAUGGACAAGAUCGAUAAAUUUUGCACGGGAUUUUGGAGAGAGCGUGUUUAUCAGAGAAUUUUUGUAAGCAGGAUACAUCUUGAUCAUAUGCGAAAUUCAUAUUUUUGCAAUCAUUCAACACCCAACUCGCCUCUGCGCCUCUGCUCUCAGAAUGAAUUAAAAUGUUACGACGAAGUUGCGGAACAGAUGUGGCCCGCUUCGUUGCAUCAUCAAGUCUGGCUCGGAAUACAAAGUCGAUCGCACCAUUCGUUAAACAAGAAUGGCGGUCCCCAGCCGCAUCAGUACUCCCAUGUGUUCCCGGAACUGCAGUUCUCGGUGUACAAUGUGAGUCAAGCGGCGCCCGACAGCUUGUGCCAGCUCGACAUCGACGCGUUUUUAAACGCGACGAUAUUGUGCUCAUCAGCGAUCGUAGAAGAGCAGCAACUUGGCAGUUUCCUCAGUCCUGACAGGUUGCCGACUUUGCCGGCCGACCUGACGUCGACACUCUGUACUUGCAACCAGGAGAAGUGGUGGUCUGCAGCUUACAAGAUGUAUUCCAAGCAGAAAGACAUCGAGGGCGAUAUUGGAGAGUUGAGGCACGAGUUGCAGCAAGGUCUCGAGGUCGUUCGCUGCAUCGGCAAUCACGGCUUGCAUCCGGUGCUGUUGGUUCAUCUAGCACGUAUAUUUCAGUAUCGUACAAAGAUGUUGAAGGAGAAAGACAAGGAGCACGGCGACAUCCCGACCUUGGAGACGCGCUCCGAGCUAUACUGGAGCACCGCCGUGCCCUUGCUCGAGCGUCUGCAGAACAAUCAAACGAUACGCAUGUCUACGACCAGACUGUUCAACUAUCAGGGCAAGGAGAUGAACAAUAUCGAGCUGACCAAUGCUCUUGAGGAGGGCAAACUGUUGCUGGCGCAAAAAUUCGUUCGUGACAAGCAGUAUGAGCAAGCUAUCGACGCGCUACAAGCGCUCAAGUGCCCCGACGCAUCGUUCCAACAGGCGCAGAUCUACAAGAUGUUCGCGGACGAGAUCGUGAACUCUAUGCCACGUGAAAGUCUGACUUCGGAGAUGCGCUCACAACAUAUUAUAAUGCUCUCGAAGGCGAGGAACUGCUAUUACCUCACGCUCGAUCGAUUACGCAGUCCUGGCAUGAAUCCCAAGCACCCGCUCAACUCAGAGCUGGGCACUCACAUUGCCGACAUCGAAAACGAACUAAAAAGAAUCGAUCCGGAUCUUGGCAGGAGCGAUCUGAGCAGAAACGACUGCGACGGUAUGUCCGACGAGAGUUACUCACCUGCUCACAGUGCUGUCGACCAGACGGUCGCCAAUACGACAUUGCCGAACUUAACGGCGCACAAUAUUCUAAGCACACCUCAGAGGACUACUCAACGCGCUCCUAAACAGAGCAGCACGCCGUGUAGACCGCAGCAUCACGAUAUCUUGGAUCUGUCGCGUAAUCGCACGGAAGCGCGUCCAAGUCCAGAGCGUCUUGACGCACAAAUACGCCAGAUAAUGCACUCCAGGGAUAACGUGGUGCAGGAAUUAGUAGAGCAAAUGAAGGGUAUGACGGAUCACAUGAAGUCGCUAACGGAAAAGAUGGAGGGUCUGAUGAAAGAGAUGGUGGAAUUGCGCAAGGACAAUCAGAAGCAAUACCAGCAGCAGCAGCAGCAACAACAGCAGCAGCAGCAACAGCAACAACACCAACGCGUACAGCAACAGAUGAAUAUGAAUGCUAAUGUUGAAGACGACUUCUAUGUUCUCGACAACGAUGAGUUCACUGAUUUGAAUUAUUCGAAUCAAUCCGGUCCAGCGGCGUCAACAAUUUCCGGCAACAUAUUCACACCGUCGCACCGCCAUCCGUACUCGUCGCUGAUAUAUCCCUCUGCAACUACGUUCCAGGGCUACUACCAGGGUGGAAUACCCGGGUUCAGCGACCCGAACGCCCAGGCCAUACCAUCUCUGUAUCCGCACAACAUGUAUUCGAUGCCAAUGAUAUAUCCCAACCGUUCAGCAAAGGUGCCCGACAACCUACUCCAACAGGGUCUCUUCGCAUCACGAAUACCGUCGCAGUUGUCCGAUCUUAUGUCGAUUCCUGUUACGAAUCCGCCACCGACGCUGCAGAUGCCGUUGCAGAAGGUCGAGCCGCCGCAACCGGCAAAGCCUCCUGAGCCCGCCAUCACGACGACCGUUAUUAAGGACGCGCCAGUGAACAAGACGCCGCCCGUCAACGUGGUCAUAACAACAUCCGACACGCUACCGACGACAGUGCCGCUCGUGCAGCCAACUUUAAGCGUCACUAUACCGCCGCAGUACCGACUGGGAGGCGGAAUUGCCGCUAUUACUUCCAUUGGUACGACGAUAACUGCGAUGACGGAGUCAUCGUCGUCAUCGUCCAACGUGCCGCACUGCUACCAGAUCUCCAUGCCGUCUCAGGCCACCAUACCAACUACCGUCAAUCUACCACCCUUGCUGCCCACUCUCACCACCACGCCAGCCAACAUGCAGACCAUGCAAACAGCAGACUCUCACCGGACUGGAUUGGCCGACCCUAAAGCCAACAUCAGCGCGGUAUACGAGUCGAUCGAGUCGCCAAACACUUCUACGGACGUAUGCGAGACGGAGCAUGAUCCGAUACCAGACUUCGUGCCAGUCAUACCGCUGCCCGCAGAAAUCAAAGUAACCACUGGUGAAGAAGACGAGGUCACACUGUACUGCGGUCGCGCAAAGCUGUUUCGCUUCGUAGAUAAGGAGUGGAAGGAACGCGGAAUCGGCUACAUGAAGCUAUUGCGCAAUGUCGAAGGCAAGGUACGUUUGCUAAUGCGACGCGAUCAAGUCCUAAAAAUCUGCGCGAACCACAUGCUGCGUCCCGACAUGGAGCUAACCAGCAUGGCGAACAACAACAAGGCCUGGUGCUGGGUAGCGAACGACUUUGCAGACGAGGAGGUGAAAUUGGAGAAGCUCUGUAUCAAGUUCAAGACCGCGGAGGAAGCAUUGGCGUUCAAGGAGGCUUUCGACAAAGCCAGGCUCGGCCUGACGUCACCCGCAGAAAAGGAGUCCAAGGUAAUGAGUGACAAGAAUUCUGUGUCUUCUAGCGAGAAGGACGCCUCCAAAACACAAAAAGCACAAGCCAAUUUGCAAACUAAGAUCAACUUGAUCGCGGAAACUACCUCGACAGCAGACAAGUCGAAAUCUAACACGACGACAUUAGGAGGAUUUUCCUUCAGUUCGAAACCCAUCAUUCAGGAAGUCAGCGAUUCGACGAGCGAGUCGAAGAAGCCUGACGAAACGUCGAAAGUCAGCCCGUUCAGCGGAUUUUCUUUCACCAAGUCUACAACUACCACCACCGCUACAAGCACCUCGACACCGUCCACGGGUUUUGUUUUCGCCACGACUGCGACUCCAGUUACAACUACGCAGUCCGAACUGAUGAGUCAAGGUACAGUGUCUAGCACGUCGCCGUUCAGUACGCAUGGAGUCACUUUCGAUCAGAAUUCCUCUCUCAACACACUGCUGAGGAGACCUCGUAUGCCGCCACCUGGUAUGAUGAAAAUGGGACUCCACGAGAAGGAAGUACAGCCACAAACUGAGAAUGAGCGUAAGCUGUUCGGCGGGAGUGCGAGUCUCCAGUGUCAAAACAGCGACACCAAGCAGUGGGAGAAUAAAGGCACGGGAGCGGUAAAGCUACUAAUAGAUGUCAAAUCCGGCAAACUACGCUUGCUGAUGAUGGACGAAGGCAACUCCAAAGUUCUCUACGGCUACGGAAUCCCUCUGGAUGCAUCGUUUACGUUUAAGAGUGGCGCCACGGUUGUCAACUGGACCGCCCCGAUAGACUCCAAGAAGGAACGCGCCAAGAUCCUGCUGUUCCACGCCGCGACUUUCAAGACACCGGAGUCGGCCUCAAAAUUCUACAAUGUUGUAUCCAGCUGCCAACAGAAGCUCCUCAAGGGUUGCAAUCCGAGCGAGGUCGCAAAAGAGUUUGAAAAAAAGACAUCUUCCCGACCGACUUCAAGCGAUAUCAAGGGCCAGAACACCGCGGAUAAGUCUGAGCCUCCUUUGUCGGAGCUGUUUAAACCUCCGAGCGACUCUUGGGAAUGCAAUAGCUGUUACAUCAGGAAUAAUGUCACGGACGUCAAAUGUGUAGCUUGCGAAGCUCCGUCGCCUUCAGUCGCGAGCAACAAGGACGGUCUUACCGUGGAUGCUAACAAACCCGCCGUGGAAUCCAGUAAACCACCUUUGUCUGAAUUAUUCAAGCCACCCGCUGGCUCUUGGAGCUGUUCAGGAUGUUAUAUUGUUAAUUCCGGCACGAAUAUCUACUGCGUUGCCUGCGACCAGCCUAAGGAUCCGUCGCAACCACCCAAACCGCAACAGAAUGUCUUCCAACUGAAUAUUUCCGCUACAGCCCCAAUGACUACCUUCACCUUCGGCAUUCCGAAAGAUGCCGCCAAAGAGACGACCGGUGGCACUACCGGCUUCAGCUUCCGAAUGCCGAAAUCGGAAGAUAAGAGCGCGGAUGACAGUGCAAAGAUCACUCCCACGAUUCCGCAGGCCAAAACUGAGGAAACCGGCUUCGUAUUCGGCGUGCCAGCGAAAACUGGCGUCACGCUGAACUCGGGCGAUUCGCCGUUUACCUUCGGCACGCCAACCAAGUCUUACGGCUUCAACUUUACGGCGCGAGCAUCUUCGAAAUCGCCCGGCAGCGCUGGCGGUGAGAACAGCGAGGACGAGGUGGUGGAGAGCGACGACGUUCAUUUCUCACCUAUUAUACCGUUGCCGGACAAGAUCGAGGUGAAAACCGGCGAAGAGAACGAAGAAGUAUUGUACAGUCACCGAGCGAAGCUGUUCAGGUUCGACACUUGCGUGAAGGAGUGGAAAGAACGUGGAUUGGGCGACAUCAAGCUGCUACGCCACAGAGAGACCGGAAAGCUGCGGCUCAUCAUGCGGCGGGACCACGUGCUGAAGCUCUGCCUGAAUCACAUACUGUCCGCUGAACUGGAGUUUACGUCCAAGGACGAGAAAACGUGGCUGUGGAACGCUGCGGACUACAGCGAGGGUGAGAUCGAGUAUAUGCAGUUUGCGUGUCGCUUCAAAACUGCCGAAAUAGCGGAGAGCUUCAAAAACGCAAUCGACGACGCCAAGGGAAGCAUUAAACUGGCCGUUACUAACAAUGAGAAAACGAACAAGUCAAUGACGAAAGCGACUAUGAAGACAAGCUCAUCUAGCCAGGAGAUCGAGGUCCUUUAUGAGAUGAAAGUUACACCAGAGGAAAAAGCAGCUGCCUUGAAGUUACAGCUGCCGGAGAAUUUCUACGCCUACAAGCUUAAGGAGGACUGUCCGGGCUGCAGAGGCUGCAAAAAACCGAGUAUAGUUCUUUAUCCGGACGUCUCUUCGACGCAGCCGAAUAAGUGGACGACCGUGCCGGAAGAAAAGAAGCUGACGACUCCAAGUUCGACAAAUGUUGCUGCAGGACCGAAACCCUCGGCCUUGAUAACGACUCCUUCGUCAUCGGCUGAGGUGAAAGCUAAUGAGACCACCAGCCAAGUGACUCAGUCCAACGUGAAGAACGGAUUCUCCUUCACGAUGCCGCCCGUCACGACGUUCAAGACGACGUCGACCCCAACGUUCGCCACGUCGAGCGUCUUCGACGGCUCCGCGAUGAGUUUCGGCACCAGCGACCUGAAGCUGUUCAACGACAAGAGAUCGACGACUUUUUCUUUUGGCAUGAAUCCCCAAUUUGGCAUCAACGAGACCACGGACAAAGCGGCGACAUCGGACAAGCAGCAGACUGUCUUAUUAUUGGAGAACAUGAAGAUGUGCAGUCCUUCGAAUCUUCCGGCCGCGCAAACUACCACCGCAGCUCCUAAUACGACCACCGGACAGUCGGUAUUUAAUCAAUCAACGCCGACUGGAUCUAUAUUCAAAGCUCCCAUUUUUACCUUCGAUAGCGGCAAGAAUAUGUUCGGCGGCACCGACAAUUUCGCGAGUACAAAGGGAUCUUUGUUCGGCGGAAACACCGUAAGCGCCAGCGGUGACGGCAACUCUCUGUUGUUCGCCAAUACCUUCAACACUUUGAAGUCGACCACCGUUGCCGCCACUACCACGACGAAUUCCGUCCCGAAGACGUCGUCGUCGACCAAUGUGACCACCACCUUCGGCACCAGCUCGCUAUUCGAUUCGGUGCCAGUGCAACCGAGUUCCAAGGCCAACGACACCGUCGCUGCGUCCACCGCCAUCACGUCGACAAUUACAUUCGACGUGUCCAAUCAGUCUAACAAUACGAUAUUUAGUACAAGCUCAAUCACACCCUUCUCAAAGAUAACGUUCGGUGGUCCUUUGUUCGGUAAUCCCGUCACGAUGACGGUGACGGCGGCGACGACGACGACAACGACUACGAAUGUCUUCGACACGAAAUCGUCGGACAAUGCUCAAAAUGACGAUGACAUCAACAGCUUCCUCCCGUCAGAUAACAUGUUCACGGCACUCGCUGCCAACGCGGCGCAACCGCAAGCUUUCAAGAUAGAUCCCAACUUCUCGUUCGCUGGCGCGGGAUCUUCGGUAUUCGGUUCAAAGUCCGCCAAAUCGCUGACCUCAACGUCUCAAAAUAAAUCGACGCACGAAGAUUCUAUGCAGAAGGACGAAAAUGAGGAGGACGACGGUGGUGAGGUAGAGAACGAACAGGAGCAUGAUCCUCACUUCGAACCCAUUGUUCCAUUGCCAGAGGCCAUCGAAGUCAAAACCGGGGAGGAAGAUGAAGAAAAAGUGUUUAGCCAGAGAGCCAAGCUGUACAGAUAUGACAGCUCCACGAAGGAGUGGAAGGAGAGAGGCGUCGGUGAGAUGAAGAUCCUGCAUCAUCCCGGAUACGGCAGCUAUCGUCUAUUAAUGCGCCGGGAACUGAUUUACAAAGUCGUGUGCAACUUCUUGAUCACAUCGGACGUGGCGUUCCAUGGACUCUCGAUGUCGCAGCAGGCCUGGAUGUGGGCCGGCAUGAAUCACGCUGAGGAAGGAUCGUGCGUCGAACAGUUAGCGAUUAAAUUUAAAUCACCCGAGCUGGCCACGCAGUUUAAGGGGCUCAUCGAUAAAAUUCAGCAGGAAUUACGCGAGAAGGAAGACGCUCAAGGUGAGAGGUGUGUCAACGAGGAAGUGGAAGAGAACGAACACGACCGGGAUAACGACGUGGACGAGGAAGAAGAAGAGGAAGACGACGAAGAGGAAGAUGAAGAUGAUGAGGAGGAAGAGGACGAGGAGGACGAUCAGGAGAUGGUGCCCAUAAUGGAGAAACGCGCCACCAUGUUCGCCAGGUGGCCUCACGAGACCAAGUGGGAAAUCGUGGGCUUGGGGAACUUGGCGAUCCACUACGAUUCCGAGAUCUACGCGGAGAGGAUCGUUCUGAAACUCGACGAUUCGGAGGAGUACGCGAGCAAUACUAUUAUCAGCAUAGAAACGGUGAUGGAGGUGGAAGGAAAAGAAUGCAUCUGGAGCGGAAUCGAUUACGCCUUGGAACCGCCGGCGAGGAGAGUACUAAGAGCGGUCUUCUCAUCGGUGCAAGCGGCGCAAGAAAUGCAGAAAUUUUUCGAGGAGGGAUUAGUGAGCGCGAAGCAUUCAGGUGUCGCCGAGUAUCAAGAGUGAUCUUUGUAAUGGAGUAAUAUUUAAGAAUUGGCUGUUAUUACACCAUUUAUUUUAUAGCAUCCUAUUUUAAGUAUAAGUGUAAACGGAUUGUUUAUUUUUAUUUUUGCCGCUUCACUCAAAUGUAAGGAAAGACUUGACUUAUCGUUAGAUCUUUAUUGUCUUAUGUAUACAUAGCUUCUCUUUUUUUUGGAUUUAAGACGCGAAUUAGAAGCGAGUGCAACAGGAUUGUCCUUAUAUUCGCGUGGACAAGCGCUAGUUUCCGUAGUGAUAAUUUAUGUGCUGCGCGAAACAGCGUUAACUAUUUAUAACAAUAGGAUGAAAAAAAAGGAAAAUAGAAAGUCAAAUGCCACGACUUUUAAUUUAUUUAUUCUUCGUGCAAGUCUACAUCUUUAAAAAGAAAACUGAUAUGUGCCAACUGUGUGGAAACUCUUUCUACUUCGCAUUAAUAACACUCGUAACUAUAUUGAUAAAUGUAUCAGAGUAUAUAUAUAUAUAUAUCGAUAAUUGUUUCAGAAUUAUAUUUUCAAAUGGACGUAUUAGUGAGUUAUCGAUGAAAAACACGUGUUAAAUGUUCACGAUCUCAUGAUAUAAUAGCAUAAUCAGAUACUGAUCACUUUUCCCACAUGUAAUUCCAAUUUAAUUUCAAAUAUCUCAAGAUAUUGAUCAAAUCACAUAAAGCUACGAAAUUACUGCAGCAAGUAACAACUACUGUAAAUAUUAAAUAAUGUGAGCUUAUUUAUAGUUAUAGCAAAUAAUAAAGUGUCACUCGGAAAUAGAAGUCUAAGUACACAUGAAGAGAG